CUCCCUUCAUCUCAUCAUCCGACCAAGCCACCUCCGUUGACUUGCAGGGGCUCCUUGGGCUGCUGCAAGGUACAUACCCCUCCACCUCCGGGCUCAGCCCUCUUGCUGCACCACACGCCCAACUACUCACGACGCCAACCUCCGUCCAGGAACCUCACCCUCUCCAUUCCCACGCGUCGCCUACGCUCCUUCGCCUUUCCGCGCUGGGCAUGCAGCUCCCACCGCUCCCACUCACCUAUUCACGCCGCCUUGGCCCGUAUAACCAACCACCUUCACUCGUAGUUUAAUGCGCCGUCGCCCUACCGCGUCAACCACCCAGCCCGGCCCUUUCAACCGCCGCCAUGGACCACCGCUCAGGAGACGGUGAUCAUGACGGCUCGUCCAUCAAGCCGGUGUCUUCGCUGCGAAGCCACUUCGAGAACAUGCUGAACAGGCAGCAGUCCUCGCCGCCCGGAGGCAGAGACCGACGGUCCUCUCGACAAGAGAUAAACAACAUGUUCGACGGGCACGAGAUACCAUCGCGGGCGGAUGGACGCAUGUCGCUGGACAUACCCCGGAGCAGCUAUAACGGCUUUCGCAAUUCCUCUCCGCAGAGACCGAACGCGCCGCAAGUCGAGGCUCGCAUUCCGCAGGGUAGAGAACCCAGCACACCACAAUCGAACCAGAAACCGCGGCCUAUCUCCAUGUUUCAAAUGUCCCCCCCAAGAUCCCCGAACAUGUCGCCGCCAAGAUCCCCUCCGCUCGUCACCGUUCAUGCGCCUCGAUCGCCUUCAAAGCUGCCUGGACUCAAUUCGCAAUCCCCGACGCCUACGAGAGAUGCUCCGCAGCAGUCGCCAAUGUCUCAGACCUCGCGCUCCGGGUCACCGCAGGGCAGUGGGGCUAUUCGACACUGGCGGAUGCAAAGCAGGUCAGCAACUGCGGGCAUUGAAGCGCUACAGGCGCCCUUUCUGCAGGGAUCAUCGAGAUCGAGUCCUAGUCCGGAUCCCCAGAAGCCAAGUCCGUCGCCAUUGGAACGUCAAAGCACAGGGACUAGAACGCCAUCUCUGGCUUCCAGUGCCGGUCCGCCGCCUAUCAACCGUGCUGGAAAGCCAAAGGUCCCUAGUAAACCAUCCUCCGUCGCUGGUUCCGUUGCGGGAUCUGUAGCUGGUUCUGUAGCUGGUUCUGUUUCGGGUGCGAAUGCAAAAAUCUCUCUUGCGGCAUCCGAGGGUCACGUAUCUACGGAAGAAAGGCUAUCGCCGUUCAACACUCCUCCUAGUAGCGACGAUAGCGCGUUUGCGUCAUCCUCUCCGCCAAAGCAAAGCCAGGCAGGGUCAAGACUUUCAUCGAGUGUGCCUCCGAAGAACCGAGAUCGAGAAAACUACUUUCAAACACCUCAUGUCCGCCCGCGACCUCUGGAACCAGAGACAAGGGCCGUGCCCAAUCGUCCGAGUGUGAAAUCACUGCGUAAUGACGAAGUGAGUGAAACUCAGGAUGAGCGGCCUAGUUUACCUCCGAGAGGGCCUUCGCUCGAUAUUCGACGCAGCAAGCCGCCUCCACCCGACCCACCACCGGCGCGAAGGUCAAUGGACCAAUCCAGAUCGUACAUUGAUCAAUCUAGAGCUUCUUCCGUAGCGCCUGCAGCCCCUCCGAGACUUCAACCUCCGAGACGGACGAACACAUUCGAUGCCACGCAAUCUUCAUCUUUGACCGCUAAUGGCAUAACUUCUCCCAUUGCUUCCAAGCCCAGGCCAAUUUCGAGCACGAUAACAUCAAAACCGCGGUAUAGCGCGGUAUAUGCUGACGAUUCUGACGAUGUGGAACAUGCACAGGAGAAGUCAGUUCCACAGCUCACCGAUUACCCCGACUCUUCGCAGGCGAACAGGAGACCACCGGUUUUCAGACAACGGCCGCGCGAGAUACCGAUCGGGUACGAUACGAAGUUGUUUUCGGUAUGUGGCGAGGUCCUCUGUACCUCUGGAUAUCUCACGCGGGCCUGGAAUCUGGUAACCGGCGAGAUGAUACUCAACACGUCCCUGGGAGAAACCGCCAAGGUCACGGCCAUUGCCUUCAAGCCAUCACAGGAUGUUAAUAAAGAGGGUGACAGGGUAUGGCUUGGCAAUGAGAAAGGAGAGCUUGUGGAACUGGAUAUUCCUACUGGAAGUAUCGUUGCCGAGAAAAGAAGCGCGCACCCCAGCAGAAUCAUCAGAAUCUACCGUUAUGCGGCAGAGAUGUGGACAAUGGACGAGGAUGGGAAGAUAAAUGUCUGGCCGGCGGACGAGUCGGGUUCUCCAACCUUAUCACAAACUCCAAGCGGUUUCCGCCUUCCUAGGACCCAUGGAUGCUCCAUCGUUGCCGGAAACAAGUUGUGGGUGUCCUCAGGAAAAGAGAUUAGGGUUUUCCAGCGGGGCAGCGAAGGCACUGGCUUCAGUCAAGUCUUCCCCCAAGUCUUGUCUGCUGCAGGCGCUGGAGAGGUCACAUCUGCUGGGAUGAUCAGCAGCCAGCCGGACAAAAUCUACUUCGGACACAACGAUGGCAAGAUAACCAUUUAUUCACGGAAAGACUAUUCAUGCCUAGGAGUCAUUAGCGUAAGUCUAUACAAGAUUAGCUGUCUUGUGGGCGUUGGAGACUAUCUUUGGGCCGGCUACAACACGGGAAUGAUCUACGUAUACGACACGAGCACUACGCCUUGGAAAGUGAAGAAGGACUGGCACGCUCACGACAACCCGAUUUCUGGCGUUUUGGUCGAUCGAACAAGUCUCUGGAAGAUGGAUCGCCUGCAGGUCGCUUCAUUGGGAACGGACAGCGUGGUCAGAAUUUGGGAUGGGCUGCUCAAAGACGACUGGCUGGAAUUGGACAUGCAGGGACAUGAUAUGGACUUUUGCGACUUCAGAGAGCUUACGGCCACCGUUAUGACAUGGAAUGCCGGCGCUUCGAAACCUACCAGCUUGCGGCAUGAUCAACAAGACGCCAAUUUCUUCAGGGAACUGCUGAGGCCAGAGGAUCCGCCUGAUAUCGUUGUCUUCGGUUUCCAGGAACUGGUGGAUCUGGAGGACAAGAAGGUCACAGCGAAAAGCUUUUUCAAGAGCAGCAAGAAGAAGGAUGCGUCCGAGCAGGAGCAUAUGAGUCGGCAAUAUCGCGCUUGGAGGGACCACCUGGCCAAGGUACUCGAACAGCAUCAUCCUGCAACACGAUAUACGCUUUUGCACACUGCCAGUCUCGUCGGUCUGUUUACUUGCAUAUUUAUCAAAGAGAAGGAACGGCCGCGCAUUCGGGAGAUCAGUGCUGCGGAAGUCAAGCUGGGCAUGGGCGGUUUGCACGGCAACAAGGGUGCAUUGAUUGUCCGUUUUAUCCUCGACGACAGCUCGAUGUGCUUCAUCAACUGCCAUCUCGCAGCUGGCCAGACGCAAACUGUUCACCGCAACAACGACAUCGCUGCCAUCAUGGAGACCUCGGCUCUUCCCCCGCAAAUGGACCCAUCUGUGCGCACAGACAUGUUUGUGGGUGGAGGCGAUGGAUCCAUGAUCAUGGACCAUGAGAUCUGCAUUCUCAACGGUGAUCUCAACUACCGAAUCGACACUAUGAGCCGCGAUGCCGUUGUCCGCUUCGUCAAAGAAAACAACCUCACUCGGCUCUUGGAGCGCGACCAAUUGCUUCUGUCGAGAAGAAGGAACCCUGGAUUCCGUUUGCGCGCAUUUCGCGAACAGCAAAUCACCUUCGCGCCAACCUACAAGUACGAUGUCGGCACCGAUAAUUACGACACCUCUGAGAAGAAGCGUAGUCCGGCAUGGUGCGACCGACUGUUGUAUCGCGGGACGGGACGCAUCAAGCAGCUUGACUACAGGCGUCAUGAUUCAGUCCGAGUCAGCGAUCACAGACCAGUGUCUGGCAGAUUUGUAAUGAGAGUCAAGACAAUCAAUCCGCAGAGGAGGUUGAUGGUGGCAGCGGACUGCGAGGGCAGAUUUGAGGAGAUGAAGCAGCGGGUCGCGAUGGAUAUCAAGCUCGACUACCUUAUCAACAUCUUCGGCCUGUCAAACAAAGAUGCGCGCAAGCUGAUGAACCUGCCGUAGAGGUAGGGCCGGCAGACUUUACGCGAGAGAUCCCAGAUCGACUCGCGCUGUACGAGUAGCAGACUACUUGGGCAUUGGCACCAAGGGUUUGGAUGUUAGAGUAAUCGAAGUAAUGCCAGACGAGUUGUAGUAGUAGGAAAGGGGCAGAUCAGAAGCUAAGGGGACUUUAGCGAGCGGGGAGCAGGGAACGGUGACGAUGUCGAUGAUUUUAGUGGGUUUGCAUUAGCAUGGCUUGCGGCCUUAGGGUAUUUUGCAUUGCAUCGGUGCAUGCGCUGUGGGCGUUGCGGAUGCCGUGGGAGGCGCCGAUUGGCAAUAGCAUCCUCUUCUCUUCUGAUU